CCAUAGUGACUGUGAUAAGAAAAUCCAAGAUGGUGGACGUGUUUAGUUGACAUUUCAGAAAAUUCGAAAGGAUAGCGUCAUAUAGUUGUACAUAUAAAGAAAAACUCUAACACAAAGAUGGACAGCAAUAUACGGAAGCUUGUUCAUGCAGCGGCUCAAGAUAAUGACCUGCCUUCGUUGUCUGAGGCUUACAAAAAGUUGAAGAAGGAAAGGCAAUCUUCUGACGACAAACUUGACGCAGUUUCGUCGGACCUUUUUGUUUUGUGCGCCGAGGCAGCGUUAAAGCAUGGUCAAUUAGAUGUCAUGGAUGAAUGUAUCAAGAUGUUUUUCCUGAAGACUCCUCCUUCUAACCAGUUUUUAUGUCGGGCUUACUUGUGUCAAGCUCAACUUAAUGCUCCAACUUCCUCCAAGAAUCCAGAACAGCUUGAUAAAGCAGCGGAAUAUUUGUUGAAGGCAAUUAAUUUUGCUAAAAAGAAUCCUAGAUACUACUUCCUGGUAUACAAUGCUUCAGUGCUCUACUGGCAGUUUUGUCGUCCAUUCCUGAAGCCCAAUUAUCGUCAGUAUUUGGCUAAAAGCUUGCAUCAGGUGGUAAAAGCUCUGGAUGAUAUUGAUGACAAAGAUUAUGGCUGGAGAGCACAACUAAUGAUUGCACUUAUUGAGUGUCAUGUAGAUGCAGGGCGCAAAGAAGAUGCCACACAAAUCAGUAUUGCCACCUUGGCUUUCACCAAGAGUAAUGUUCCCUCAUUAUAUACAACUGUCCUUGGACUGCAGGUUCGUCAUCGACUGAUUGAUCUGUCCAAAGCGUCAAAAGAGGCCAGAGCUUCAAAUGAGCUGUACAUGUUCUACAAGAUUCAGAGACUAAGAACCUUGAUUGAAGCAGAUGAAAAAGUUGACAUAGAACAGGAGCUGAAUAAAAUCUACAAAUCAAUAGUAAAAGGUGUGGAUGCCACAGACCGUGCCAGCACAGCCAUGUCUACCAGCACCAGCACCAGCACCAGCAAGGCCAGCUCUCCUUAUGUUGUUGGUAGCAAUGACAGGAUACCACUGCUCAUUGAGUUGGCCAGACUUUGCUUGGAGCAGAGUAAACACGAUUUGGCUGCUGACUGUCUUGAAAAUGUCAAGGGAGGAGUUAAGAAUUCUGAGACAUUGUUGGAAAUUGAGUUCAUGAAGUGUGAGUUGAUGGUCCAGUCCCUUGGAGAAAAGAAAGAAAAUUACAGCAAGUCUGUUGUAGAGAGACGCAUCCAAGCAAUUAGAAAACUUGAGCAGUACAUAAUGACAGCUGUUAGAAUGGGAAAUCCAAAUGUUAUCCAGGCAGGAUGUGUGACAAUGUGGAAUCUUGCUCUACCUCUGCUGCAGUCAAACUUAAGACACCAUGUACGUAAACCACUGACUCUUGCUGCACAAGCCUUGGAGGACAUUGACAGCCUGUUAGUUUUGCUACGUUGCCAAAUGCAUGCAGAAUUAGCCAAGUGUGAAGAGGCUGAGGAUCAGCUGGAGUAUGCUGUCACACAUCUUAGAAAGGCACUUGAGAUGGAUGAUUCAGGACAGUAUGGUGACAGACUGCAGACAGCCCUUACUAGGCUUCAACUGAGGGCAACACUGUAUAAGACUCCAGAAAGACCAGAGGAUUUGGCUGCCAUGAUUAUUGAACAGGCAAGAGCCAGUGAUGACUCCAGUACAGUUCGUAUGAAGCGAGCUUCAUUAGUGAAGGCAGGCGAGGCUCUGUCACCUGAUGCCUUUAUGCUUGUUCUUGACGGUGAAAGUAAUACCAAGGAUCCAUCCACUGGUAAAGGUCCACCUACUUCGUUAGGAAGACUGGCUGGCAGGGCAAAGCAGUUUGAGAAAGGAGUCAGCAAGGCAGCUGGUCAUUUGAAGAGGCUGGGAGAUGAAAAUGACCAGGAAAGAGUUCGCAUUUGGGCAGAUCUGGCCAAAACUGCUCGUAAACAACAGGUCUGGGAUGUGGCACGAGUUGCUGCCAGGUUCUGCCUUCUUUAUGAUGAUAAUCGGUGGUCAAAGAAAAAUCCUAGUAGCACGUCAGAAAAAAAUGGUGAUGGUAAUGCAGAAAAAGAUGAGCCAACAGGGAUCAAGUCACCAGUUCCUGCUGAAUCAGGCAGCAAGCUGGAUGUAACAGGGAUGAAACUGUUGUAUCCUGAAGGGAUGACACCAUUUACUGUGGAAAAGGAUUUGUUAAGGAUACUGGCUGAAGUUCGCUUCAUAUUUGCUGAGGCUUUGGUCCAGUUAUUAAGGACAGAAGGGGUACAGCUGGGAGACAGACCUGUCCCACCUGAGGAUACCAUCAAAUUGCGCCCCAAAAGAUAUGGUGAUCAGCCUGUCAAUUUUGACGAUAUGCCAGAGUGGGUCUCUUAUUGUGACUGGAUCUCAUCACUGUCAAAUGAAGUUAUUCACAGCUUCCAGCGUGCAGCUGAAUUUGGAGUGGAACUGAAAGAGCCAUGGCUUGUGUGCAAUGCUGCUGUGUAUUUGUGGAACUAUACCACCCACAUGCUGUCACAAGGACGACACAAGGCAGUUAUUCCCAUUUUCUCUCCUGUGUUAGAGGCUAUGAAGCUUACAGGUCAUGAAGGUGAAACAGUUCUAUUGUGCCAGAUGUGUAAUGCCAUUGCCCAAGGAUACAUGAAGCCAUGGAUUCCAGCUCUUCCCCCUCCUACUGCACCAGCCACACCCAGCAAGGACAGGGGUGAAAAGACUGAGAAAGCAAAGGGACGGCAGAGUGGGAAAGGAGCAAAGGGAGUUCCAUCAAAAGGCUCGCUACAGACAGUUACUGUAGAUCCUGAAGCUACACCAGAUUUGAAGCAAGCUUUGGAUGUGAUAGAAUAUGCACUAAACACAACAAAUGGUCAAGAGCCAAAGAAUCUAGUGCCAAUAAGCACUCGCCACCCUCUAAUCACCUCAUGGGUGUUCUGUAAACAGCUGUUGAAUCAGCAGAUGCCAAAGAAUCUUGGUCAUGAUGACGAGAAUCUCCAUAGUCAAGGUCCCAUGUGCCGUGCUUUGUGUGCUGUUGAAAUGCUAUCACUGCAGAACAAUGGCUUACCGGAGUUUACUGGAACAUGUCCCACACUUCCCGAGACUGUGAAGUUGGUAGAUGGAUGCCAAUGGAGUGACAACUUGGUGGAGUUACAGAUGUGGAGCAGACUGUCCGUGCUGGCUUUUAACGCCGAGAAUCAUUCACUAGUACUGCACUGUGGUCAGAGGGCUGUAGUCUUUGCUCAGAGUGAUAAGUGCCUGGCUAAACGACAACCUAAGAAGCCGGACAGCAUUUUCAAGCACAAACUCGUGGUAGAACAAGAGAUGCUUUAUUACGCUAGUGUUGUUAUGGGCCAAAGUCUGAUGAAGAACAUGCAGGGCAAGAAUGAGAUCAGGAGAGAUGCACUUGUCUGUUUUGUCAAUGCUUGCAGAUUCGGACAGAAAGCAGGGAAUUAUGACUUGGUGAUCGCAGCUGCUCGUCAUUACUGGAAUGCUAUCAAGCCAUUUAUUGUAGAGCCAAUUGAGCGAGAGUUGCUCAGGGAACCAAUGGAAGCUGUGUUGGAGUGUAUUGCUGCAGUAGCGGAUAAUGAAGUAGACAAGGAAGAUGAGGAUGACGACGAGGAUACAGAAUCAUCUCCAGAGAAGAAAGUAUCUAAGAAACCUGUAAGUAGCAAGAGUGAUAAAGAUAAGAAAGCCAAAGACAAAGCAGGGGACAAGAAGAAAGACAAAGAAAAAGAGAAGGAGAAAAGCAAACCAGGAGACAAAACUGGAGGUAAAGGAGGCAAGACCGAGAAGCAGGACUCAAAAGAUAGUAAGGUGGGCGAUGACAAAGGUAAAACAGGAAAGCCAGGGGCUGAACAAGAAGACAAACCUCCACCAUUACCUAGUGCGUAUGACGAGGAUCUGAUGCUACGUGCCGCCAUGUAUGGAGUGUUAUUUCAGGCUUACGCUGAUAAGGGUGAAUGGGAGCAAGGAUUACGUGCUAUGGACCAGGCUGUCAAGGACAUGCCGAGGACAUAUCACAGAUUGCUGAUAUUCAAACAUCGUGUCAUAACUAAAGCCAAGCUUGGACGAAAUGUUGUAUUUGAUAUGGGCAAGUUCAAGAAUGAGAAAGAGGAUGUUAUCGCCGCCAUGUGGCGUCAUGUGGCACUCAAUUCCAAAGCUGCAGGGGAUCAGUUAGCUGCUUAUCAGAAUGCAAUUGAAGCUCUUGAGAAUCCAGAGAGCGACUGGCAAAAGGUAGACUACCUCAUGGAGUUUGGAGAAUGGCUGUUUGUUAAUGAGUAUCCAGUGGCUGACGCGUUGGAUCAGUUUCUCUGGGCAUCUGACAUUCUGCUCAACAAGGACCCACACAAAGAUGGCAAACAAGGUGACAACAAUGACGCAAGAAGUGAAAGCGAGAGCGAGGUAGAUGCAUCUAAGUUUGUGCCAGAGGAACACCGCUCGGUAAUAGGCCUACGUCCUUCAGAUGUCAACGUUAACCUAGAGGACAUCACCGACAUCCGACAGCUGGAGACUCUGAUGCGUGUUCAUGUGAUGCUGGCUCAGGUGGCUGGUCACUCGUCUCCACACUCCACGGACUAUGUGCUGUUGGCGUAUGCUUUCCUUUAUAGGAUAUGGCAGGUAUCAAUCUCCUCUGCUGAACGCAUACAAAAGGAAGGAGGGAAGCCUGGGGAGAGGGCCCCAUCGAAGAAAGGCAAAGAGAAAGGCAAGGAAGCUAAGGAGUCUCAAACAAAAGUGGAAAAAUCAAGUGGGAAGACGUUAUUUCCAAGCACAAUGGAAGGAUGGGCCACUUUUGAACUUUCAGAGAAGCUUCAGGAGUACUUCAAGUGUGACAUCACCGGAACAAUGAUAAACAAAGCGACCUUCCAGAAGCCGAUGCUGAGCUUGUACUACAUCCAAGCCUUGUUUCGUGACCUGCGUGACCUGGGAUAUCAUCAGCUGGCUCUUCCUGUUGUCGCCAUGCAGCAGCUCAUAGCAGACUUGAUAUUGGACAACAGUCAACUGAAGAAGCUUGUGCAUCUCAGAGCAAUGGAGUUAUGUCAGGAGCUGAACUUACCCUCUGGGGUGGCCCAUCAUGAGAAGUGCGCUGGCCACAUGUUACUGACAGAGCAAGAGCAAGCCAAAUCACGCGAGGAAAUCGAGAUGUGGAAAGAGAAACAGCGCCAAGUGAAAACCGAGGAAGAAAAAACUAAGAACAGCAAGAGUGUCGUGUUCGAUACCAGGACCUCGAACCUGGUACUUAGGCCCCAGGCGCCUGGUGCUGGGGACAUCGUGCAAGAGGAAUCCUGGAACGAACACAAAUGGGUGAUAAGUGAUGUGUGUUACCGGGAGUUAUGGACUGAGCAGGCUGAAAUACUUAUCCGGCAGGGUCAGUUUCUACCGGCUCGGCAGCUUCUGAGUGAAGCAAAUCUAUCAGCAAGGGCAUUUGAUGACAAACGAACUCUUUCCAAUAUUCUGCUCCAGUUAGCUGUGAUGGCUUUGGCAGAGUCAAACUGGGGACAAGCUACGUCAUUACUGCUUGAAGCUCAGAAUCUUCAUGGAGAUCAAAGAUUCUGGUUAACAACCACCCUGCUGUUAUGUGAAGCGUCUUUCGCAAAGAUCGACAAGAAUUCUACCAUGCUGAACACGCCAGACCCCCUCGCCAAAGACAGGGCACGCAAUAUUCUGUUACGUGCAAAAAGGGUUUUCAAGGACCUGGCAGAGGAGAACCCCAAUAAAGCUAACAUGGCGGAUUAUAUCGAGGCCGUCCUGGAAGCCCGGUUGGGUACUCUGCUGUCGGGUCAUGUGGUCAAUGAUCCUCAUUUGAGAAAGCAGGAGCAAGCUCACAAGGACCUGAUUAUCGCCUGCAAGCACCUGUCCCGUGCGACAGCAAAGCUGAGUGAGUUGGGUCACAGACGAGAGGCAGUCAAGAUCUUGUUGAAACUUGCUGCCAUCAAGAGAACCUUUGCUGAAGACGGUAUCACGCCCGAGGAGAGACAAGACAACCUUCUCGAGGCGUUUGAUAUCCUGAAAGAAGCUGCGAGUUUAUCUGAUGCUGUACUGCAUGAUGUCCAGUCUGUUUCUACUCUCUCAGAGCUCCGUAACUUGAGUUUGCCUGUUCAACGGGAAGCAGUAGACGCCAAGCUUGUCAUUUCUGAUCUGAUGGUGGACAUGUUGAAACAGUUUUCUAACGAAGAUCGAGGAAAGCGUGAAUUAGAGACUCAGAAGGGAAGCAUCCAGAAGUUGAUAGAUGAUUAUGUUGGUGUGGAACCUUCACCAACAGAGAAGCAGAGAAAAUGGAGAGAAGUUACAAGAACUCUUGCCGAGGACACAAUGAUGCAACUGUCCAUGGCGCAUGGCCUGACGGGUAAUGUGGGAUACCUCAAAGCCAAGACCCUUUAUGUGCUUGGCCGCUGUCUGGGUGUACUUGCCGCGCAUACCGCACCUGAUUCAGAUACUCAGUGGAAGGAAAUAGAGGUAUCGAACGAAGAACCGGAAGAGAGCAAACGGGCCCCGCCUGCCAACCCGCCCGUUGUAGAACUUGGUGCAGGAAACCAGGGCACUGCUGAUGAUCCUGAGGCCGAGAUUCCCGCUAACCCAUCCAGGGAAUUCCUUAAAUUCGCUAAUCAAGCGCUUCAGUUAAAUGCUGAAUUUUCAACUUCGAAGAGAUAUCUAAGCCAGGCAGUGGAAUGUUUGACACAGUGCGUCCAGAUAGGACUGAAACAGGGUUUCAAGGAUGUCGUUUGUGACGCGGCUCGCGAACUGGUGGAAUCUAUAGGUGCACACGAUCCACUCACUUCUUCGCAGUAUCUGGCGCUCUAUCAGAGUUGUCAUCUAUCUCAAGUGCUGGAAGGCGUGUUACGGCGAGUCCAUCAAGAUCCUUCUGUUUCUCGCCAAGCUGCCUUGUUGCACCAGAGAAAACUUCUCACUGAGAUGGAGUUCUUGAGUGAUAAUUCUUCCAGCAUUUUGGCAUCAAAUUCCAGUCAUCUUGCCGAUUGCGAGGCUUGGAGACGUUUAACGAUAGCAAGGAAUCAUUUGGAACUGACAAGAGAGUUUUCAGCGACGAAUACUCAGUUUGUUGUGCUUCAGCAUUCUCCUGAUAGACGAUUUCUUUACGGGGCUGUGCUGGACAAGGGUCGUUCUCCUAUACCAAGCGGAAAGGCAAACAAACAGUCGUCAACUGUACCAGUUCCUUCAAAGCCCAUAAUAACCCGUGCAGCUGUGAAUGCAGAGGAACUGGAACAGCUCAUUGAAGAGUUUUGUCUGUUCAAAUCUGACACUGCAUCUGAGCUCAUGAGACGAAACUAUGUGCGACACCAACAGGAGCAAAGGCGGAAGAUGUUGGCUAAACUAGAGGACAAUAGUCUACAGGCUGAUAGUCAGGAGCUGUUGACUGUUGACUCCAGUCUUGCUGAAAAAGAAUCCCAACUCGAGUCCCACUUUAGGGAUGUUGUAGCAGCGGUUGAAGCUUACUUGGAUCCUAUCUUGACUAAACUACACCCAGCCUUGAAUCCAGAGGCAGUGUCAGAAUCCGUAGUUCUGUUGGGUGACGAAUGGCUUCUUCAGUUACCGCUGGAGGCGCUCAAGACCUUUGCUGUUCCUCAGAUCACGAGCAUAUCACGUGACUUCUCAUUACAGUUCCACUAUCACCGCGUUCACCCGGUCGAGCGUUCAGAAAGUACAAUUAAGGUUGCUGGAAAAGCAGGAAAGAAACAAGACAAAGCCAAAUCAGAUAAACCAUCCACAGCAAAAUCAGGACAAAAGAGUGAAAAAAAGGGUGGUAAAGAAAUAGGAAGUGGAGUUCCCAAAGAAGGUCCUGUAGUGGACUUCAACGGAAUAAGAUACAUUGUCGACCCUUAUGCUGAAUGUAGCGAGGAAGGUGAUGACAACCCUUAUAUGGUAAUGAAUGACGUCAUCGCUAAGUACAAGAACUUUACGGCCAAGUGGAAUGGAAUUAUGGGAAACGAUCACCUUCCGAGUGUCGGUGAAUUUCAACAUCUCAUAUCUGAAAGCAGUGGUUUUAUCUUUUAUGGCACUGAGAGAUACCUGGGGUGCCUGCCACCUAAUAUGCUAGCAUCUAUGAAUGUCACAGACUGCCAUUUAGUUCUGUUGUUGGACUUGGUUCAGACAAGCCAGAGUUUCCUCCGUCAGGGAAAAGACGAUGCCACAAAAGCUGUUGGUGAGUUAUGGCUUGAGCGUCCUCUGGAGACCGCCAUGCUGUUAUCGUUAGUAGGUGUAGCAGGGGUGGUGUCUAAUCAGUGGCACUGUCAGUUGUCUGAGAACAAACACAAGCUCAACACCUGCCUCACUGGCCUGCUGGAAACGAGCAAAACAGUAGGACAAGCCAUCAGAGGUCUGGUACAGUUUCCUAAAGCACCUGAUGAUGAACCGGAAACUGACGCCGCUUCAGAACGAGGCUCAAAAUCUGGACAUCAAAUCGAGGUAGAAGUGACUGGUGACGAGCAAACAGUCCCGGACCAGGAGGAAACUGGUGUAAAGGAAGAAGCGACCGAGCCUGCUUCAUUCUCGAGACACUGGUUUAACACAGUGCUGUAUGGUACACCAACGCUACUGUUGAAUCCGCCGAAAGGCUCUAGCUAAUAGUCCAGGAUGGACAUGUGACACUAUAUUAACAUGGCAAACGGCUUCACGAUGAAAGUGAUCGUUGUCAGGUUCUUUGCGCGGUCGGAAUUGUGUAACACAAACACCUUAUCAGUGGACCGCACACCAAUUAAAUUCACAAAAGUACUUUUUAAAACGACAUUGUACAAAAAAUGCACUUGAUGUUAAGAAGAAGCCUUUUCCUUUCUUGGACAAAAGUUUCCCAAACUGACCUCAAAAAUGCAAGUAUGUUGUUAACUCUUACUUGGGCGUUUGCCGAAAAUGGAAUAUUUAUCCAUUGACAAAGGUUUUUAUACAGUAUAAACUUCAUUUAACUAUCUUGUUCCGUCCAUAUUGAGUAGCAUUGACGUCAUUUUGUUUUUGUGAGUCUUUCGACCAAUCGCGAGCCACACGCUAGUCCAGAAGCAUUUUUGCAUUUAUGCAACUUUGUUAACUAAGUGCUUUUACGUGUAACAAGCGGGUGGCGCUACUGAAAGAUACGAACUUCCAUCUGGACAUGUCUUCCGUGCAAAUGAUUACGUCAAGUUUUUCAAGUUCCAUGCUGAGAGAAUUUUCAGCGGACCCAGCGGCAGCCUGUACAUCCAAAACGUCCUCGUAACCCAAAGUUCUAGAUUAUCACAGUGUAACCACGUUUAAGCAAAAUAUUAACGAAUGAUAACCGUU